UUAAAAAAGAAUCACUUUCAUAUCAUUUACAAGCUUGUUACAAUGUCACGACCAAUACCAAUCGAACAAAUGGUGAGUUCGUUCAAAUCAUAUAACAGAACAACUCACUUGUUCAAGAUAGACAACUUCUCUUUAUUCAAGAAGCAUAAGAUCGAAAUGGUCGAAUCCUCUGUUUUCGAUCUCGGGGGUCACAAAUGGAAACUCGUUGUGUACCCAAAUGGGAAUAAGAAUGGAAAUGGUCAUGUCUCCAUCUUCUUAGAGAAUCAAGCUUCAAUAGAUGUUAAGAUCGACUUUGAGGUCUUUGUCAUCUGUCAGAGAAGGCCAUUUUGGCACACUAGUGGAAAAAGGAGCUUUGGUACAUCAUCAAUACCGCAAAGAGUUGGGACUCUGAGUUCGAUAUCUCUUGCUGAUCUUGAGAAAAAAGGAUACAUUAUUGGAGAUUGUUGUAUGUUUGGUGCCAAGCUUUAUGGGUUUGAACCUGGUGAACCCGCAACAGCGGAAUGUUUUAGCCUAAUUGAGAAGCCUCUCAAUCACAAAGUCACUUGGAUGAUGACCAAGUUCUCGUCUUUCGACCCUGAAAAGUUCCAUCAGUCCAAUGAAUUUGUUGUUGGAAACCGGAAAUGGAGGAUUGAAGUUCAUCCAAGAGGGUUUAAGUGGGGAAAAGGCAAAUCAUUUUCUGUGUAUAUAUUGGGACGAGGGUUCAUCAACAAUGCGCCAAAGACAAAAACUUUUGCCAAAUUUAAGCUUCGUGUAUUGGAUCAAGUGAACCGGGAUCAUGUUGAGAGAAAAGGUUGGGGCUGGCUUGACACAGAACUGGGAUUUGCGGAUUUCAUGCCCCUAGAGAAAAUGGUUGAGCCAUAUUUGGUCAAGGAUAAACUGUAUGUGGGAGUUGAGUUUGAAGUCAUUUCUGUGACUAACUGUUGUUAGCUUAGCUUCUUAGCUUUUCUACGUCUCAUGUGAAUUAAAAUACAUGCAAGAAGUUUAUAUCAUGUGUGAAUAGAAAUGGUGGAAAACAGUAAGUUGAUGAUCUCGACAAGAAUGCUUUAUUAUUUCAUAAGAGGGGCAGAGGGC